CUAGACAUUCGGUCAUAGGAGCUGUGGAGGGGGGCGCUCGAGCCACGUCGGUAAAACAAAUCAACGCUUGAAGGCGGAUUACAAAGAGGCUGAGGAGACUAAUUGCGACAACGGCAGCUUCUUCUUUUCUUUCCCACAAAUAUCAGGUCGGGAGCGCAGAGAUUCGGCCCAGGCUGCCUGUCCUGUUGAUGCCGGAGAUCCAGGGCGAUGUCAACACCUGAUCCUCCCAUGGGGGGUACCCCCCGUCCAGGUCCAUCACCCGGUCCUGGCCCCUCCCCCAAUGCUAUGCUGGGCCCCAGCCCAGGUCCUUCCCCUGGCUCCUCUCACAGCAUGAUGGGGCCCAGCCCUGGUCCUCCUUCCUCUGGACACUCCCAGCCAGUACCCUCUGGAUAUGGCCCUGAAAAUAUGCACUCUUUGCACAAACCCAUGGAAGGCAUGCAUGAGAAGAGCUUGUGUGAUGACAGUCGCUUCAGUCAGAUGAAGGGACUUUCGAUGAGACAGGGCGGGCACAGUGGCAUGGGCCCUCCACCCAGCCCUCUGGACCAACAUUCACAAGGCUACCACUCUCCACUUGGUGGCUCUGACCACUCUAGCCCUGUCGCUUCAAAUGGCCCCCCAUCCGGUCCUCUUAUGCCAUCAACCUCCUCCUCAUCAUCUUCUGCAGGUUCUGGAUCUGCUUCAGCCUCUCUUGAUGGCCCCAAUGUAGAUCAACAUUCUUUGGGGCCUAAUAACCGGUCCGGACCGCCGGGGAAUUCUGGACCAGGCCCCAGCCCUGGGCCUAGCCUGGGCUCCAGUGUUCCCAGCCUCGGUUCUGGCCUUGAUGGUAGUGGCCCUGGAGGUCCUGGUGGGCCGACUCCCUUUAACCAAAACCAGCUUCACCAACUCAGAGCCCAGAUCAUGGCGUAUAAGAUGCUCGCCCGAGGACAGCCCCUGCCAGAUCAUCUCCAAAUGGCUGUUCAAGGAAAGAGGCCGAUGCCAGGGAUGCAGCAGCAGCAGCCCAUGUCCAGUCUGGUUUCUGGAGCUACUGCAGGACCAGGAGGUGGUCCAACAGGACCCGGAUCAGGGCCUGCACCUAUGGGCUCAAGCUAUAGCCGGCCUCAUGGCAUGAUGGGUCCCAACAUGCCUCCCCCUGGUCCUUCAGGGACCCCAGUUGGCAUGCAAGGACCGAAUCCCAACGGACCCUCCAAGUCAUGGCCUGAAGGCCCCAUGGUGAAUGCAGCGGCCCCCUCCAACGCACCCCAAAAAUUGAUCCCCCCUCAGCCCACAGGCAGGCCUUCUCCUGCUCCCCCAUCCGUUCCCCCGGCUGCUUCCCCUGUAAUGCCCCCACAGACCCAGUCCCCUGGUCAGCCUGCCCAGCCUCCUCCCAUGAUGCCUUACCACGCCAAGCAGAACCGCAUUACCCCCAUCCAGAAACCCUGCGGUCUCGACCCUGUGGAGAUUCUGCAAGAGAGGGAGUACAGGUUGCAGGCUCGUAUUGCUCAUCGCAUUGCUGAAUUGGAGAACCUGCCUGGUUCUUUGGCCGGUGAUCUACGUACCAAAGCUACAAUAGAGCUCAAAGCUCUUCGUUUGCUGAACUUCCAGAGACAGCUGCGUCAAGAAGUAGUGGUGUGCAUGCGACGUGACACAGCUCUCGAGACUGCUCUGGAUGCCAAAGCCUACAAGAGGAGCAAGCGCCAGUCUCUGCGGGAGGCCCGCAUCACAGAGAAACUGGAGAAACAGCAAAAGAUUGAGCAAGAGCGCAAACGCAGACAAAAACAUCAGGAGUACCUCAACAGCAUUCUCCAGCAUGCCAAAGACUUCAAGGAGUAUCACCGCUCAGUCACGGGAAAGAUUCAGAAGCUGACCAAAGCCGUGUCCACCUACCACGCCAACACUGAGCGUGAGCAGAAGAAGGAGAAUGAGCGCAUUGAGAAAGAACGGAUGAGGAGGCUUAUGGCUGAAGAUGAAGAGGGCUACCGUAAACUGAUUGACCAGAAGAAGGAUAAGCGCCUGGCCUAUUUGCUGCAGCAAACUGACGAGUAUGUCGCUAACCUCACUGAGCUGGUAAGAGCCCACAAAGCUGCACAGGCCCUCAAGGAGAAGAAGAAGAAGGAAAAGAAAAAGAAGAAGUUAGAGAGCGCAGAGGGUCAAACUCCUGCUCUUGGGCCGGACGGAGAGCCCCUGGAUGAAACGAGCCAGAUGAGCGACCUGCCUGUAAAGGUCAUCCAUGUGGACAGCGGGAAUAUCUUGACGGGUGUGGAUGCUCCGAAGGCUGGACAGUUGGAAACAUGGCUGGAGAUGAACCCUGGUUAUGAAGUCGCUCCCCGCUCAGACAGUGAAGACAGUGAGGAGGAGGAAGAAGAAGAGGAAGAAGAAGAGGAGCCUCAACCUUCAUCAGCUCCAGUGGAAGAAAAGAAGAAGAUUACGGACCCAGACAGCGAAGACGUGUCAGAAGUGGAUGUCCGACAUAUUAUUGAAAAUGCUAAACAGGAUGUGGACGACGAGUACAGUGGUGCAGCGUUCGCUCGAGGACUCCAGUCGUAUUAUUCUGUGGCCCAUGCCGUCACAGAGAAGGUGGAGAAACAGUCUACUUUACUGAUAAAUGGACAGCUUAAACAAUAUCAGAUUAAAGGUCUGGAAUGGUUAGUUUCUCUUUACAAUAAUAAUCUGAAUGGGAUCCUGGCUGAUGAGAUGGGUUUGGGAAAAACCAUCCAGACGAUUGCUCUUAUCACCUACCUCAUGGAGCACAAGCGGCUCAACGGACCCUACCUCAUCAUUGUCCCCCUCUCAACUUUGUCCAACUGGGUGUAUGAGUUUGACAAGUGGGCACCAUCGGUCGUUAAAGUGUCCUACAAAGGGUCUCCUGCUGCUAGAAGAGCCUUCGUCCCCCAGCUGCGAAGCGGCAAGUUUAAUGUUUUACUCACCACUUACGAGUACAUCAUCAAGGACAAACAAGUACUGGCCAAGAUUCGAUGGAAGUACAUGAUUGUGGAUGAAGGCCACCGCAUGAAGAACCACCACUGUAAGCUGACCCAGGUUCUAAACACCCACUACCUCGCUCCAAGGCGAGUGUUGCUGACCGGGACGCCAUUGCAGAACAAACUACCUGAACUGUGGGCGCUCCUCAACUUCCUGCUGCCCACCAUUUUCAAGAGCUGCAGCACAUUCGAGCAGUGGUUCAACGCCCCGUUUGCAAUGACUGGAGAGAAGGUGGAUCUUAAUGAAGAGGAGACAAUCUUGAUUAUUCGUCGCCUGCACAAAGUGCUGCGCCCCUUCCUGUUGCGAAGGUUAAAGAAAGAAGUGGAGGCUCAGCUUCCAGAAAAGGUGGAAUAUGUCAUCAAGUGCGACAUGUCGGCUCUUCAGAGGGUCCUGUACCGACACAUGCAGGCCAAAGGGGUCCUGCUCACUGACGGAUCCGAGAAAGACAAGAAGGGUAAAGGAGGCACAAAAACUCUGAUGAACACCAUCAUGCAGCUGAGGAAGAUCUGUAAUCAUCCCUAUAUGUUCCAGCAAAUUGAGGAAUCUUUCUCUGAGCAUUUAGGAUUCUCUGGUGGAAUAGUCCAAGGUCCUGACCUUUAUCGAGCUUCAGGAAAGUUUGAGGUGCUGGAUCGCAUCCUGCCAAAGCUGAGGGCCACAAACCACAAAGUGCUGCUCUUCUGCCAGAUGACCACACUCAUGACCAUCAUGGAGGAUUACUUCGCCUACCGCAACUUCAAGUAUCUGCGUCUGGACGGCACAACAAAGGCUGAAGACCGAGGAAUGCUGCUGAAGACAUUUAAUGACCCGGGGUCAGAGUACUUUAUUUUUCUGCUGAGCACAAGAGCUGGAGGUCUCGGCCUCAACCUGCAGUCUGCAGACACUGUGAUUAUUUUUGACUCUGAUUGGAACCCACAUCAGGACUUACAGGCUCAAGACAGAGCCCAUCGCAUCGGCCAGCAGAACGAGGUGCGAGUGCUGCGCCUCUGCACCGUCAACAGCGUGGAAGAGAAAAUUCUGGCAGCUGCCAAGUAUAAAUUGAAUGUGGACCAGAAAGUCAUCCAGGCCGGCAUGUUCGAUCAGAAAUCCUCCAGCCACGAGCGGCGGGCCUUCCUGCAGGCCAUCCUGGAGCACGAGGAGCAAGACGAGGUCUGGGGUCAAGAGCUUGUGAAUGAGGAGGACGAGGUGCCGGACGAUGAGACCGUCAACCAAAUGAUCGCCAGGAGCGAAGAGGAGUUUGAGCAGUUCAUGCGCAUGGACCUGGACAGGCGUCGCGAGGAGGCUCGUAAUCCUCGGCGAAAACCUCGUCUGAUGGAAGAGGACGAGCUUCCCACCUGGAUCAUGAAGGACGAUGCUGAAGUUGAGCGUCUGACCUGCGAAGAAGAGGAGGAAAAAAUGUUUGGGCGAGGUUCCCGACAGCGCAAGGAGGUGGACUACAGCGAUUCACUGACAGAGAAACAGUGGCUGAAGGCAAUUGAGGAAGGCACACUCGAAGAAAUGGAGGAAGAAGUACGUCACAAAAAGACAACCCGAAAGAGGAAGAGGGACCGUGAUCUGGAUCUCCCAGGACCCUCGUCUUCCUCUGGGAGCCGGGGACGCGGCGACAGGGACGAUGAUGGGAAGAGACAACGGAAGAGGGGAAGACCGCCAGCUGAGAAACUCUCCCCCAACCCUCCGGGCUUCACAAAGAAAAUGAGGAAAAUAGUGGAUGCUGUCAUCAAAUAUAAAGACAGCUCCAGCGGGCGUCAGCUCAGCGAGGUUUUCAUCCAGCUGCCAUCCCGAAAGGAGCUGCCCGAGUACUACGAGCUGAUCCGCAAGCCAGUGGACUUCAGGAAGAUCAAGGAGAGGAUUCGAAGCCACCGCUACCGCAGUCUGGGUGACCUGGAGAGAGACGUCAUGCUGCUCUUCCAAAACGCUCAGACCUUCAACCUGGAGGGUUCCCUGAUAUACGAAGACUCCAUCGUGCUGCAGUCAGUGUUCACCAGCUUGAGGCAGAAGAUCGAGAAGGAAGAGGAGAGCGAGGGAGAGGAGAGCGAUGAGGAGGAGGAAGAGCAGGAGGACGGAUCGGAGUCAGAAUCUCGCUCAGUCAAAGUGAAAAUCCGCCUGAGUCGAAAGGAUAAAGGUGGAGAUCGAGGAAAGGGGCGCAGCAGGCGAACAGGACGCACCCGCGCCAAACCGGUCGUCAGUGAUGAUGACUCCGAGGAUGAACAGGAGGAGGAGCACUCAGCCAGCGGCACUGAUGAAGAGGCUUGAACUAUACCAGGAGCUUAAAGAGAAGGAGGCACAAAUGGAUUUUCCAACAAGUCAAAAAACAAAUAACCAUAUAAACAAGCCACAGUCAGCUCCAUCCACCCUCAGUCAAACGACACCUGAAAGAAAGGGCAAUAGAUGAGUUUCAAGUUAAGUAUUAUUUCUGAGCUGAAAAAGCCUGAAAAUAAAUUAAUCUGUUAUCGCAGUUGCAGAAUCUGAUUAUGAGAAAUUAGGAAAAAUACAACUUUUAAUUUGAAAACAUUUAUUAGGGGAGAGUCUCGAGUUAAGAAAUAAUUGUUUUUAGGUCCCCAGAGUAUAAAUAUAACAUAAAACCGAGGUAUUUUUCCGUCAGCGACUCUUGAAAAAUGGAAACAUUAAGAAUAAGUAAUCAUAAUGAUGAAAAUGGCUAGAAAAACAUAAGUGCUCAGCUCAAAUCUUCCCAUAUCUGCAAUCAGAGUCUAGUGAAAAAGUUUAAAACAGUAGUGACCAACAAGGCUGGACGAGGACCGGUGUUUAUGUUGCCAAGAGACGGACGUUAGAGGAGGGAAUGAAAAUUGGUCCCAACUCAGAGCUAGGAAAGGGUUAGGGUUAGAAAAAAAUGCAACUGCAAUAAGAGAUAUUAUAUAUUAGAUUAUAUUUAAUAUAUAAUAUAAUAUAUAUACUUAAUAUAAUGCUGAUGUUUUGGACAGAUUCCUCAAAGAGCUUCACAAUCAUCAAGCAGGAUGACCAUGUCUAAACGGGGGAUUUUUGGCAAAAUGUUUGAAGCUUAGAAGCUUCUGUUUUCCAGAAGGAUGCAGCCGCCAGCCUGGUUCAUUAGGUGACGCCCAGUGACUUGGGUUAAACGUAAUUGUGAAAGCACACAUGGUGCCAACUGCCCUCAGCAGUGUUAUUGUAGAGGAAGCGAUGUGCAACUGCUAAAAUUUAUCAUAAGCUAUAAAAAAUACUGACAUUAUGUUUUUUUAAAAUCCUUUUAAGGAUAUUGUGGCCUGGUAUUAUCUUUGUAAUGUUAGCAGGAUGUGAUCUUAAUUGUUUUGAUGUUUUUUGUCUGUUUGUUUUAUGCUUGUCAUCCUUUACUUGUAGGUAUUUCUGACCUUAGUUAUAGGAAUAUUUAAAUAAGGAGCAUAUUUAGUUCAAAUUUUACAAGAAUUGUGAAACACUAAUUUAUUUUACUUCUAAUCUUUGUAAUUGAUAUCAUGUGAUUGUGCACACUUCUAAUGUUAAUUCAACGAUAGUUAUUGAGUUUUUGCUGCUUUUCCACAAACAUAUUUUUUUCUUUAUUGCUCUCUGCAGACUGAAAUUAUUGUUGUCUGUCUUUUAUUUAUUGAGGUUAAUACAGCAUUGUUAUUCUGUGUUAUGGAAUGUUCCUAAUUGAUUUAUGAAGCUUUUAAAGCAGAAUUGAAAAGUCUGGUUACAAUUUUGUUUACCCAGAUCACAAAAGAUUGUUGAAGUGUUAGAUUUUUAUUUCUCCUCAAGCCAAUAUUUAAGGUUCUCAGAAUUUUCAUUUUUUGAAGAAUUUCUAAAAAAAAUAAAUACAAAAAAACAAACAAACAAACAAAAAAAAAAGACUUCUUCCACACUUCCAUGAGGAAUUAAACCUGUUGAGGAUUGGAGUAAAAUCAAGUCAACAACAAUGAAUGUAAAUAGAAAACGAGUGCAGAUAAAACGAGCGCAUCUUAACAACCCAGCCUGGAGAACAUAAACAAACCUGACCCUGGAAUCAGUCUUCAGCCAUGUGUUGUAGACGUGUUUGGCCCCUCCGGAGCCACCGGGAUUAGCAGAUCGUGUGUAAAUCAGGUGUUUGUUGUCGUCUGAGCUGGAGAGCGAAGCUGCUGUGGGUGCGAUGUGUUCAACAACCCACCAGGGUUUUUAGACUGAGGCUUAAUGGAGCUGAGGUUACAGCAUAAAAAUCAACACAGCUGCUGCUUCACUGACACCUAUUAAUGGUAGACUUGAAUCAUUUUUAGUUUGUAUGAGUACUGUAGCUUUAAUUGUUUCUUCUUCAGUUGUUGCGUAGUGAUUUUAGGAUUUCAGAGCUGUUUGGGGGAAGGGUUUGCACUUUUUUUUUCUCAUUUCAAGACAAAGGACCAGGGGGACAGUGGCUCCUCUCUGCUUGAGACUCCCUCAUUUGAGGCUGUAUGGUGUUGGAUAUACUGUGAAGACUAUUUAUAGAGUAUAAUGUCAGUGCACGUAUGUACAGCUUGCAACUCAUGUACUGUAACUUUUUCCUCAUCCCCAUAGGUAACCAGAGUGAACCAAAGCAUCACUGUUUCCUCCACUGAGUUAACAUGUGUCUGUGCUGUGCUGUAUCGCUGUUGCUCAUACUUAUAUAAAACAAUAAACUGUUGACAUUGUG